UUUAUAUGGUAGUUCAGGUGGUAAGAUUGCAUUAAUAGGUGCUUUCUAAAUACUAAUAAACACGGAAUAUGGUUCCCAAGCUAAAGCGAUGCAACAGCAAUAAAUCUAAACGGUAAUGCUGGUAAUGUUCAUAUUCUUGUAUUGUUUGUCGUACGAAAAAGAAGAGGCAGGGAAUGAACGUAUUUCACUCUUGUCCGUUGGCACUAUGAAAAUGAACGUGCUAUUCCAUCUUUCGUCCGGUGCUUUUGCGGACUGUCUAAGUAGCUCAGUCUUCACAGGAUAUCGAGAACGAGUGAAAAAAAGGUUUUAACGAAACCCCGGACAAAACAGCAGUGACAGGCAUCAGUCCUCGCAUACAAAACAUACCUAUGUUUUGCAAUUAAGCUUUUAACAGCUGAAAAUGAUCUGAACUGAAUUGAGUGAACUCUCGAAAAUGAAGUCGCAGUAUGAAGGAAUGCAUCGUAAAACAGUUCAACCCCAAACCGCAAAAUGAUGUGUAAAAGCAGGCCGUGGCUUUGAGGAAAACAUCCUCUUUUUUUUUCCCGAGCAGGAAGUCCAGGGAGAUAAUUAUGCACGUAUAGUGUGAAAAACACUGGUGUCAGACAGUGCUGGCACGCUGUGUUUGUUUUUGUAGGAAGUGAAGGUGUCAUUUGUCCAUAUCAAGUCUGUUGCUAAGGACCCUAGGCCACGGAUAAUAGCGCUCCCGCACAGCCCUUCAUAUCUAAUGACUGUAAAACAUGACUCAUAUGAGCGCAGGAUGAGCACCUGGUGUGCUCCUGUUCACACAAAACCAACGUGACAUACGUAUUUAUGUAUUUGUGUGCCGCACGGAAGAACCAUGAAUCAAAAGAUCAGGUGGACGGUAAUAGUCACGUUCACGCACCAUCAAAGAGCGAAGGGAAAAUUCCUCACGUAUAAGGUAACCCGGCUUCGGUCAACACUUCAUUGUUUGCAGCAACGCAAGAAGAAGAGACAGGUAAAAAUAGCUUGUUUACAUCACAGUGGCAUUUAAUAAAAUCAUGUUUUUUUCGAAAAACAGACAACCAUGCAAAAUAUAUCAUUAGGCUCUCUGAGGCAGCGUGGCUCAUCGUCUAUUAAUGCAUUUGAUUAUAAUGACUUGUACUGGACACAGUCAACUUUUAAGGGCCUUGUGCGUGUGUGUGUGUGUGUGUGUGUGUGUGCGUGUGUGUGGUUUUAGAGGUGAAUGAGUUAAUCAAAAGUGGGCUGGAAAUAAUGAAUGUGUGUUUGCGUUGCCAACUGAAGUCACUAGCCUACAUGCUAAAAAUAAUUGUAGUCUGUAAUGCAGGCUGGCUAGCGGCACUGAAUUAUGAAUAUGAUACAAUUUCCCUUUUUAUUUUGUCAGUUUUCCUUCCAUUUUAUGUUGCAAAAGACUAUUUCCAUCCAAAACCAUUUAUUUUCGAACAGAACAGAAAUCUCAAGCGAAUAAAUAAAGCAGGAGGCAUAAUUAAGCUCAAAAAUAAAUGGACGAUUUAUACUUGUAUCUAUUUAAUUUUCAGUCUCUAAUUAAAAACUAGGUAAAAAAAAAAACUGUAUAACAAACCGUGAGCUUUGUGUGAGGGAAAGACACAAGCGUUAAUUGUUGUUCGCUAAAAGAAUCGAUUCUGUUGAUUCGGUUAACACGACGAGUUUACAAUGAUUCGUUCACCAACCGAACCGAUUCUCGAGUUCAUUUCACCGAUUAAAUGGAUCACUGGAGGGAACACAGCGACCUGAAUUAAGGUCUACUUCUCUCACAAAGUUGUCACACUUUUUCAAAAGACCUAUCAUACUGUCUUGUUGAGGACAUUAAUGACACUUUGUUGUGAUGUCGCGUCCUUUUUAGGCACUGGAGGCUAAGCCUGUUCAUUAAUGAAUUAUGAAAGAAUUCAGAAAGAAUUCAUGGGGGUUUUGGUGACACGAGGGUGAGUAAAUGAUGACUGGUUUAUGGUUAGACCUUUGUUGUGCUGUAAUUACAAAAACUUAAAUAAACAGUUUACAGUUGAAUUUCGAAGUAGAGAUAGAUUUUCCUGGAAAUUAAGCAUUUCUUUUAAAUUUAAUCACUCUUUACUAUAUAGGGAACACUUUACAAUAAAUUCCAUGAAGGUCAUCAUUUCGAUGUUUAACAGAUAUUAGUUAAUGGCAUUAAAGUACGAAAGGAUAUAAAGGUACGUUAACUAUGUAUAUGUUUAGCAUUAGCCAUUUAUGUGUUUAGACUUAUUAAGAUAUAUUAUAAAGUGUUACUAGGUUACAUCACUGCGGUUUUGUGUUACUGCCUGUGAAACAAUAAUCCUUUACAUUAGCAGCCACUGAUUCAUGCUCUCAUACACGCUUUAAUGAGCACAGUCUACGCUACGCCUAUCUGAAACGCAUUGACCAAUAGGAUCGCCGGUGGCCCUAGCCGCGAGCCGUGUUGGCCAAUAGGAACAUCUAAGGGCGGGGCUGAACUCUCUCAACGCUGUCAAAGAAUUUCCUCAUGGAUUUGCGGUCUUGGAGUUGUCAUGUUUUGAGUUGUGGGAGUGUGUUUAAUUUGGAUAUUGUGAGCGACAGAGCGGUGAUGUAUGAACGGCUUUCGCUUAUUUAACUUAUUUAAUUCUUUGCUGACAUCACUGUGAUUAGCGCAUUCCUGUCGCAACUUCAUCUCUGCCAACUUAUUAUUUCUCAGUUAUGACGCCUAUGUAAACAGUCCCGCGGUAGGUUCACCCUGACCGGGGCUCACUGACAAGGAUGCUUUGGGUCGGUCACUGAUUGCUUUUAAUGUAAGGACACUUGUGGAUUCUUCAGGAAGAAAACGGGUUUUAUUCCAGCAUGUCCCGGAGGAAACAGGCUAAGCCACAGUAUGUUUUCACCGAUCAUACAAUGGAGAAUGACCCCAUUCCAAACUACGAUGUCCAUAUCUGUGAACAAUGCUGUGCUGAAUUUUCCAGUACGACAGACCUAUACCAACAUCAAAAACACUGUUCAAAAGAUCAGUUAGUUCUAAUAAUAAGUGAAAACGAAAGCCUAGAUUCUCCACCUUCUGGCCUCACAAUUAAUUCACCAUUCUUCAACACCGAGGAGAAUUUGGAUGGAGCGGCAAGUAACGACUAUACAGAAGAACUUUGUGACUUUUCAAAUGAUGGAUCAUCGGUAGAAGCUGAAGAAUCCUUACACGCGUUUCAAAACAGUAGUCAUGACAUUGGCAAAAAGUUUCGUUUAUAUCACGAUAAUGAAAACAGUGUUUAUGUUGAUAGUACAGAUUUAUCGACUGUAUUACCUCAAGAAAAUACCUUACUUGAGUUAUGUAAAUUAUCAGCCAUUAAUAGCAAUGUCUUCAUUGAGAACCUAGAAAACACUAAAGUUGCUGUUGCUCAGUUCUCACAUGAAACCAGUUUAAAUCCAAAGACAAGCUGCAGAGAUCGUAGCGACAGCAAAAUGGCUGCAUCUGGUUUGAUUGAGCAGCUGUUAACACUGCAGGAACAGCAGGUGCAGCAGUUAAAACUAAUUGAAGAAAUUCGACGCCAAAUAAUGCUAUUAGCAUCCCAAAAUUCUGAUACUCCCGUGGCCACAAAUACCUACAAUGGUCUGUCUCAAACCAGUUCGCUGAUAAAACUAAGUUCACACCUCUCUGAACAACUCACAGCAGCUGCUGGGCUGGUAGAAAACCUAGCUGCUAAUGUUAAACCGUCUAAACAAGUUAUUUCACAAAACACACAAGAUGACUUAAGGGGUGAUAAAGGAAACUUCCACAUAAUUGAUGAAAACAGAGGAAACCCAUCAAAGGUCGGUAGUGAUCUGUGUAGUAAUCAGUCUUUGAAUGGCAACACAGUCAUUGAUACAGCUGAUGGCACAACUCAUUUAAAAAAUCCUGCACAAUCUCCUGCGUCAAUUACAGAUGGGUUUCUAAACAAACUCGAAUUGCCCCAUAAACCGAACGGCUUUAAUAUGUCUGCAAACACCUUGCCUAGUAUUGGGGCAAUUGUGGAGGACCUGAAUGCUUUGACUGCCCUAGCCCAGCAUAGGAAAGUCAAACCCCUCAACGUAAGUGUAUGUGAACACAAGAGACCAUCUGAAGAUUGUAUAUUCAAGCACAAAUGCAGGUUCUGUGCCAAAGUAUUUGGAAGUGACAGUGCUUUGCAGAUACACCUGCGUUCUCACACUGGAGAGCGACCCUACAAAUGUAACAUAUGUGGAAAUCGGUUUUCCACCCGUGGAAAUCUCAAAGUCCAUUUCCAGCGUCACAAGGAGAAGUAUCCUAACAUACUAAUGAAUCCUUAUCCAGUUCCAGAGCAUUUAGAUAACGUCCCAACCAACACAGGUAUUCCAUAUGGGAUGUCUCUGCCUCCUGAGAAGGCUGCUCUCAACUGGUUGGAUAGUAAAUCUUUAGUAGGUAACUCACUUGGCUUUAGGCUGCCAUCAUCUUUGCCAAGUCUUCUACCCAUCAUUAAAAAAGAGGACGAAGGGGUAUCAAUAACUAAACAUCAUAGUCCUGUUGUCAGUGAGGUGUGUGAGACAAGUAAUGGACAUCCAGAGGGAUUUAGUCGUAGCCCUCCCCUAAUUUCAAAUCAGAAAUUUCAUGAGGUUACACAACCCUUGAGUGUUGCUACCUUACUAAGCUCCUCAGGGGAAGGUUCAAGAGAUAACAUUGCUAUUAAUACCUCGGUCAAUACAACAUUAAUAACCGAGCUAAAAUCAGAGCAGCUUGAAAACAGGUGUCUUUUUGCAAGUCUUCCGAAUCCUCCUGGAGCAUCUGAAACUUCAAAGCUGGAGCAGUUGGUGGAGAACAUUGACAAGAAGUCUACUGACCCCAAUGAGUGUGCAAUCUGCCACCGAGUUCUUAGCUGUCAAAGUGCUCUUAAAAUGCAUUACCGCACACAUACCGGAGAAAGGCCAUUCAAAUGCAGAAUAUGUGGACGGGCAUUUACAACCAAGGGCAAUCUCAAAACACACUACAGCAUUCAUCGUUCCAUGACACCUCUUAGAAUACAGCACUCAUGCCCCAUAUGUCAAGAAAAGUUUACAAAUGCAAUGGUUCUACAGCAGCAUAUCCAUAUGCAUAUGGGUGGUCACAUUCCCAAUGUCCCAUUGCACGAUAGCUGUGCAGAACCAAUGGAUCAGGAUAUUGACUCAGUAGAUGAUAGGACUUUAGAAGAGGAUACCUUGUCCAGUGAGUACAUGGAUAUUAUGGAAGGUGCAUCUGAUUCAAAAUACCCAGCCUCUUUACCGGACAGUCUAUGUUCUUCACCUGCUUCUUCUGAGUUUGCCAUGGCAACUGGGUCAGAGAGUCAGAUUGCGGGUUUAAAUGUGGAAAAUUUGUCAAAUGUCAAUAAAUUGACUUUGGGGAAUGGAUCAGUGGAUGGAGAACGCUCAACCCUGAGAUUAUCUUCACUAGAUAGUGACCAGGAGAGUGCAGGGAAAAGGAUUUCAGCCAUCACUGAGACGACACCCUCCUGGAACCCAUCCUCCCCCAAUGGCUCUGUUUUUGAAAGGCAAGGAUACACUACAACUGACAGAAAUCUGAACUCUGCUGAAUCAAAAAUCUCAAGCCUACAUCCAAAUCUUACAGUGUCUAGAUUACUUGAUGGAACAUCUGGGGAUUCACCAAAAGAUAGCUUGACCAUGAUUUUUCCAUUUAAUGAGCGAGGAUCCCUAAAAAGCAAUGUUUGUGAUAUCUGCAACAAGACAUUUGCCUGUCAAAGUGCUCUGGAUAUUCAUUACCGAAGUCACACCAAAGAGCGACCAUUCAUCUGCACUUCAUGCAAUAGAGGGUUCUCAACCAAAGGCAACCUUAAACAGCACAUGCUUACCCACCAAAUGCGAGAGUUACCUUCACAGUUAUUUCAGCCAGCAAAUCAGAUUCUGAUUUUUCCACCAAAUCAGUUUCUACCCUCUAUGGAACCAAUUAUUCCCCCGAAAAGGAUUGACCACAAUGGCCUCAUCAAAAAACAUCCUAAAGAUUCACACACAGGUGUAGUUAGCUCAACUGCUUCCACAUUGCCUGCACUUUCUACACCAACAUUAACAGCAACACCACUUCGGCGAACAGCUAAACAGCACUUCUGCCACACUUGUGGGAAGACCUUCUCUUCUUCAAGUGCACUGCAAAUUCAUGAAAGAACCCACACUGGUGAGAAACCCUUUGCCUGCAACAUAUGUGGACGUGCAUUUACCACGAAAGGAAAUUUGAAGGUUCAUAUGGGGACUCACAUGUGGAGCAGUUCUCCAGCCAGACGAGGUCGCAGACUUUCUGUUGAUGGUCCAUUCCUAAGAACCAGUUCUGAGCAAUUUCAGGACUCUUCCCCAAAAGAUGUUGUGGGUAAAGUGCAUAACAGAAAUUCCUUAGGCCUCUGGAGCCAAUAUACCUCUCUCACAAGUGGUUUGGGUGCAAGAACAAAUGAAAUACCUGUAAUUCAAAAUGGUGUCAUACCUCACCUGUCAAUUUCUGCUGGGCAACUGGAGAACAUGGAAAAAUUACAACUCAACAGAGCUUUACCUUGGCUUGAGAGAUUGAGCGAAAAUGGUGCAACUUUUCAUUUCCGGAAACUGGUAGAAGACAACAAAACAACAGUUACAAAUUGAUUUUCGUCUUUCAGGGUGCAAACCUGUACAUUCAAAUGUGAUGCAAUUUCAUAUAUUUGUUGUUUCUUUAGGGUUUUGUACAAGUGUACCCUAUGUAGUGACAACAAUACAAAUUCUGCUGUUGGUUGAUGUUCCCUAGUUAGAUCUUCACAAUUGAAGUAGUGUUGAUUGUAUUUUUUUUAUUAUUUUGAUGCUUUUUGUUGUUUUGCUGAGGAACAUUCUAAGUGUUAUGCAGCUACGAUUUAUUUUACAAUUAAGUUUUGUUUGUUUUUUAAUAACUGAAGGUAUUCAUCCAGUACAUCUGCUGAAAUGAUUUGUGAUGAGGUAUGUUUGUACCAUGGAUAAAUGAAUCCCUAUUUCUUAUCAAAAACUACUUAUCAGUCAGUGUUUCACAUUAAUAUAUUUUGUGCUUGAAUUCUGUGUUCUUUUAUGCGUACAGUAUUUAGGUUGUAAAUGUAAACACUUAACCAUACUAAAACUAUUUAUUUUUAUUUUUUACCAAUAUACAUUUAUAUUGUUACAUUGGAGGAACCGUUAUGUGUGACGUUACUUUAUGUUGUGGCAUCAUGUCUUGUAUAUUAUGGCAACUGCAUAAGUUCUCAAAGCCAUUUUCCAUUUCUGUGCAUUUGGCUUAUAACAAAGCAUGAAUUAUUUCAUUUCCCGUUUGAUUAAAAGGAGUGUGCUUUUGUAAUUUUACUUAGUCAUAGCAUAUGAGUGUCUAUACCUUCAAGCGCCUGUCUUCUCUUUUACUGAUUUACCUUUAACAAAGAAAUGAUUCUUUCCCUACUUCCACACAAGCAGAAUUCAUGCCCUUUCUCUACUGAUAAAAAUCUAGGUCACCUUGUCCUCUGCAUUUACAUUUCAAUAAACUUACCAAUAAUAACA